CUGGACUUAGAUACAAUGUGGCCGAUGCAUACGGCCUGCGGUCAAAGUGUUACGGGAGGACAUUGCGUGUGGCGGAGCGGAGCCAUUCUAGUGGUCAAGAUUGAUCGCCGCUGGAGACUGUUGGGUUUCGGUAUUUACGGACCGGGUUGUCAAGCACCGGCCAGGUUCUUGGAUUACAGUAUGUAUCACGACUGGGUGCGACGAAGUGUAGACUUGAUUGGCAGGCCAGCCGUUACUAAGAUCGCCCCAAACCACCUCAUAUUAAGAAGAACCACAUCUAACUUACAGCGUUUCGGCGACUGCGAUAGGGAAGAAAUGAAAUAUGAAAUUUUCACUGACAACAUCAAUUUGAUAAACAGCGGAAAACUAGUAUACAACCUUAGCAUAGUAUCUGCUUUUGAAUACACAUGCAUACUCUUCAAAGCUACAAGCGGUGAGGACCCGGCAGGUGCUGUACCUAUUGUGAACCUUCGGAGGUGGUGCACCGGAGCAGGCGGACUCUGCAUAGCCGGCUUCCAAUACUUGGAUAUUGACUUCUUCGUAGAAAUAGAAUUCUUCUCAAGGGUAGACUUUCACGUUGGUGUAUACGGCAAAGAACCUCAAGCCAUAGACCCAGGUCAAGCGUAUAUAUUUCUUAAUGAAGCUGCACCUUAUCCUGAAAUCGAACCGUAUAUUGUAAUCAGACACAAGUAUGUGGGUAUGAUCAAAGAUCCUCAAUAUCCCCUAUACGGUAAAAACAAAAUGAUCUUCAAAUUCCAUAAAGGAACAUUUAAACCCCCGCAACUGACGACUUCAACGAAGAAACCGAGAAGGCCACUCCCGACAACGACUACGACGACGACGACGACGACGACGACAACGACAACGAAAAAGAAAACCACGACGACAACGAAAAAGAAGGGUUGGUUUCUUGGAUGAUGGAGGAGCCUUAUAAUUGCAAAUUCGACCUCUUUCGGAGAAACUAUUCGAUCACAUUUGAUGAAAUUUUACCCUUACUCAGUCAUCUAUGUAUUUUUAUUAUUUUGUGAUUUAAAAAAAGUUUGCUAGUUGGGAAGUCAGCCAAAAAUUGUUGAGAUUGUAUGAAAAUAUUAAAAAGGUUGUUUAUAUGAAGGCAGGUAAUUAACGUGUGACAGUUACAAAAGAAUAAAUAACAAAUAAAUGA